AUGGACAACCCCAACGACCCCCCGCUCGACGAGAUCCAAUGGCACUCGCCGCAGAUUAUCCAGCAGAUGGGCGGCCUGCACUCCAACACGAUCCUCUUCUACUUUGCCGAGUCGCCCUUUUUCGAGCGCACAUCCAACAACGCCGUCAUCAUGAGCCAGGCCAUGAACAACAUGUCCAUGUACCACUUCAUCCAGACCCGCGAGGCCUUUGAGGGCCGCCUCAAGACCAUGUCCGGCCUCGAGUUCAUCGUCGGCGAGGAGCCCGCCGAGACGGGGCCGGGCAUGGGCACUGGCGUUUGGGUCAUCCGCAAGCAGACACGCCGGAAGCGCUUCCAAGAGGCCGACGAGAUCACGAUCCACGCGUCAUACUUCGUCGUCAAUGAGAAUAUAUACAUGGCGCCCACGCUCGCGGAUAUUCUGGCGGCCCGCAUCAUGUCGAUAUCCUCCUCCAUCUCCAAGGCCCUCCCGGCUGCCGAAUCCGCUCGAUCUUGGCGCCCGGCCGGCGGCCACUACUACAAACCACCUCGCGCGCAGGCCUCCGGGCCCGCCGGCGCGCUGCACGCGGCGCGGGCACGCAUACAGGAAUCCAAGGAGGCCACGCCCACACCGACCGGCAGCAGCGGGGGGGGCGGCGCCAACAAGGGCACAUCAACCACCGCACCGCCGAACCUCGAAGUGCAGUCGCUGGAGCGCGUGGCGGAGGAGGCUUUUUGGGUACACAUGCGAUACGGCGGCGAGUACAUCGACGAGAACCCCAUCACCGGCCGGCCCGGCGACUUUCACCUUUCUUCGACGGGCCGCAAGCCCGUCACGGCGCCCAGAUCCGUGGCUGCCGGUCAGCUAGGCCCCGCGGGCAUAAGCGCCAUGACGGGCCCGCCGGUACGCGGCGGAAAGGCGGACGACAAGAAGGAUGGGGGAGUGGCUUCGGCGGCAGCGAAAGGAGACAAGGCGGCGCGGUCCGCGAUGCCCAAGCCGAAGCGCAAGAAGAGCAAGCUCGGCGGCACUGGCUCGCGCACACCCACGGCAGCAUAA